AUGGCGAUGAAAUCACUUGGGCGAAUAACCAAGGGAAUAUUUGGACGGGCACCUAAGCCAGCUGUACCUGGUGGUGCGCUUCAGCAAAAGCGUACCAAUUAUAAAUACGUUGGUAUGGUUGCCGAAACCGAUGGAUCAUUCGCUGGAGACCUCAACUAUGGGCUUCAUACUCUAUUCUUCACUGAGAUGUUCCGAGGGUUCGGCGUCAUGCUGGGACACUUUUUCAUGGAACCUGCCACGAUCAACUAUCCCUUUGAAAAAGGUCCUCUCAGCUCUCGAUUCAGGGGAGAGCAUGCCCUUCGGCGCUAUCCCUCAGGCGAAGAGCGCUGCAUCGCCUGUAAACUAUGUGAAGCUAUCUGCCCUGCACAGGCGAUCACAAUCGAGGCGGAAACACGUCCAGAUGGGAGCCGACGUGCUGUUCGGUAUGAUCUCGACAUGAAUAAGUGUAUCUACUGUGGACUCUGCCAAGAAGCCUGUCCUGUCGACGCGAUCGUUGAGGGGCCGAAUUUCGAGUACUCAACCGAGACUCAUGAAGAGCUGAUUUAUAACAAGGAAAAACUGCUGACAAAUGGCGACCGUUGGGAACCUGAGUUGGCAGCUAAUAUACAAGCAGAGUAUCUAUACCGGUGA